GCAGAUGAACUAAAAGAGGCGGAAAAGAAAAAACAUAAAAUAAAAGGGCUUGAAAAUCAUAAAGAGGGUCAAGAGAUUGAAACUACCGAUGUAAAUGAAAAAAUUCAUGAUCUUGAAGAAACACGAUGCUUAGAUGAAAAUGCUAAAUCAUCAAAAGGACAAAAUUGUAUAAAUGAGCAGUUGAAUAGUGAUCAGGAUGAUAAGGGUGGAGAAGAUAUAAAAGGCAGAAUUGCACAAGAUGAUAAAGAAAAAACUAAUUUACCAUAUAACACAAAAGAUGAAGAAUUAUCAAAGCAUUUUGAAUCUGCAGGUGUUCCUUUAUCAAUCCGCUUAAUUACUGAUAAAAAUACAAAAAAACAAAAGGGAUUUGCUUUUAUUGAGUUUGAUAAUUCACAAUCUAUGAAAAAAGCUUUGAUAUUUCACCACACAAUUUUCAAGAAAAGACAGAUAAGAGUCGAAUUAACGGCUGGUGGCGGCGGUAAUAAAAGCGAAAUCCGCCGUAAAAAACUUGAAAUAAAGAAAAAGCAAUUAAAAAAUGAAAGACAAAAGUUUCAUAAGACUUAUAUUGCGCCCGCAAAGUCUAAAUGUCCUCAAGUUGAUGAUCAUAAUGAAUCAGCUUCAAUGUUAAAAGCCACUUCCCAACCUGAUCACAAGGUACAAACUAAAAUUAAGAAACCAAGAUUAAAGGGUUCAAAUGCUAUUAAACUUAAUAACGUUAGAGCCUUUGGAUGA